CCCCAAAAAUUCGAGUUCCUUAGCACCACCGCGUCAAAUUGGUACCGACUCCCGAUUCUCCUCUCCGAAUCCCGCUCACCUCUCCGAGUCGGAGUCAUCUACGCAACCGCUCUCUCUGUCUUCCAUGUCAUGGCCGCUGUCGUCGACACCUCGUCUUCCCCGGUCUCCGGCGACCAACGCCCGAGUAGCCUCGCGGCGGAUUCCCUACCUCUCAUUGACCUCGGCCUUCUCUCUCAAUCGGAGCUACUCUCCCUCUCCGUUUGCUCCUCUUCCUUCUCCUCCGUCCACAAUCUCCACAACGACACCGACGUUUCUACUCCCAGAAUCGAUCGCUCCGUCUUCAACGAAUCUGCGGGAAGCCGUAAACAGACAUUCUCCCGCCUCCGCCUAGCCCGUCGAGGGAGCUCGCGCCGCCCCUCUGCUUCGCCUUCUACUGCGACUCCCUUGCGUCUACGGAGCGCUGAAGUUCCGCUCGAUGAGGAGAGUCGUCUAAUCGUAUCAGGACUCAAGUCGCUGUUCGGCGUCGUGGAUUCUGGUUCUGGUCAGAGCGGAGGCGUGGAUAACCUAGUUUCGGUCCCCGUCGGCCAGCUCGAGGGAACUCUGGCUUUGCCGUCAAAUAGGACAAGCGUCGUGGAUUCCGGUUCUGGUCAGAGCGGAGGCGUGGAUAACCUAGUUUCGGUCCCCGUCCGCCAGCACGAGGGAGCUCUGGCUUUGCCGUCAAUUAGGAAAGGCGUCGUGGAUUCUGGUUCUGGUCAGAGCGGAGGCAUGGAUAACCUAGUUUCGGUCCCCGUCGGCCAGCACGAGGGACUUCUGGCUUUCCCGUCAAAUAUGACAGGCGAACUAGAAAUUGAACUUAUGAACAUCCCUAGUUCUAGUCGCAAUCGAGACAUUGAACAGCCGGUGGUUGUACUGGCUAUUUCUGCAGAUCCUGUUCCUAGUCCAAAGAAGCGGAAGCGAGGUAGGCCGAGCAAAACCAACACUAAUCUCCAUGGUAAUCCUUGUAGUAUGGUAAACAAUGUGGUGUCUCACGCGGAGAAUAGGAUUGUUCUUGUGCCUGAUGAUGCGGAGAAUAAUAGACUCGAAGAGAAUACGGGAAUGAUGAAUGUAGGAGAGAACGCGAUUGAAUUAGCUAUGGUUGUAACCACUGAUGAUCCAUAUGGAGAUAGGUUAAGGAACAGCACUGCGGGAAUGCGGACAAAGGAAGAGGUGUUGGAUUUUUUGCAGGCAAUUCAAGGGGAAUGGGUGACUAGCAAGAGAAAGAGGAAGAUUGUAGAUGCCAGUGCCUUUGGGGAUAUAUUGCCUAGUGGCUGGAAGCUCUUGAUUCGUGUCACAAGGAGAAGGAAGAAUGUCUGGUUGGAUUGUGCAAGAUACAUAAGCCCUAAUGGGCAGCAGUUUGUGUCCUUCAAGGAAGUUGGGUCAUAUUUACAUUCCGCUUCUGGACUCCAAGAUGCAACCCUGUCAAAUUUUGGUGGUGUUGAUGGAAAUGUCCGAGUAACUUCUCAAUAUGUAAGUCAGCAUUGCAAUAUUUGUUAGCCAUUCCAGCAUCCCUAUAUUGUUUCACUUCACAAAGUGUGCUUACAACAGUCUGCAGAAAAUAUGUUUACGGAUGACAAUAAUGGAUGCGAGUACCCUUCAACAUGGUCUGUUUCUCCAACCCGGCCCAUUGAACCCAAGGAGAAUACCUACGCAAUAGAGAUGGGGAGCCUUGAUGAGCUCCAGAUUGAGAAAAGUUACAAAUGUCAUAAAUGCAGAAUGGCUUUCCACCAACAAGAUGAAUUGCUCGAACACUUGGUAACAUCUCAUCGUCGCACUCCAAAGAGGAUUCGAUAUGGAACAACGACGAAUGAGGAAGCCAUAAUCAAAGAUGGAAAAUACGAGUGCCAAUUAUGUCCCAAGACUUUUGAUGAAAGGCAUCGCUUCAAUGGUCACUUUGGAAAUCACGUAAAAGACUAUUUGAAGAGAAUUGAAGCUUCAUUGGGAAAGGGGACAUUUCAAAAGGGUGUGGUAUUAUCCCCAUCAUCGGUUGCCAGCCCAUUGCCAACCUCGAAUAUUUAUGCUAUACCUACUCGUGAUGCUGUUCUGUCCGAAGGUGUGAAGCUUCAUGGUUCUAUUAGAUUUGACAUGGCCAAAAGAGCUUCCGGUGCCGAAACCAAUGAAGCAAUAACACAUGGGGUUCCAUGUGCAACAAAAGUGAAUGAUUAUGUUGCAAAUUAUAAUUGUAAGCAGGAUCAAGUUAGCACGACAUGCCUUGAUGAAGUGGGAAGGGCAAAUGAAAGAAAUGGAAUUGGUUAUACUGUUAAUAGUCCCCCUUCUGUUGUCGCUCCAAUUUUACCAGAUACGAAUAAGAAUAAUGCCAUUUGUGGAUCAUCGGAUGGGGCGGAGCCUUGCAAAGGUGCUGCUGAUGACAUUGAUUCCCUUGCUGGGCAGGAAAUCUUUUGUAAGGAUGCUUCAUUUGCUACAUCUUCUGAACAUAAUAGGCAUGAGACAUGUAAUGCCGGCACACCAAUGAAUCAGGAUGAGCCGAACAGAAGUCCUGUUAGUCGCUCUCUUGUUCUUGAUAAUGAGAAGAUAAUUGGUGGUCAAAACGUUGAAAAUGGGAAUAUAUCGAGUACUAUAGUAGAAGACUCUACAAUCAAGAGCGCCGAUCCAGCAGAGGAAGAGGUUCCAGUUGCUGCACAUGUCUUUGAUUGCAGAAUAGAGGCAGAUGCUACUACUAACAUCCCAGAGCAGACUGUUGAGUGUUGUUUGCCUGCUCCAUUUGUCAGUGAUGAGAAACAUGGGUUUGUAAAUAGUGCAGAUGGGAUUCUGACUCCAACAACAGUGGGCACUGUGGAAGCAAAAGGUUAUGAAGAGGAUUCAUGUUUAACUCAAGAUCAGAUAACACUUGGUCUGACCAGUAGUGCGAAAAGUCUGCCAGGUAGCUGGGAAACUAGGCCCCCAACUGAUGUAGCAGAAAAAUCAAGGAACAAUUAUAUAACAGUUGAUAGAGACAGUGGGAAUUCUUUGCCUUUUGAUGAUAGUGUUAGCAAUGAACAAAAUGGGCGAUAUGGAAGCCAUCUGGGCAAACCAUCAAAUGACCAUAUGUUCUAUGUUGUCCGUGAUAUAAAAGAGAACCCCAGAUCCAGUAUAUGUAGACUUCCAGAAGAGAAGGAAGCUGAUGAUGACUGCCAGCUAGCUCUAUCUUGUAGUGAGCAUUUUAGUGGUUUGAAAGCCGGUGUGGCUAAGGUAUCUAGUGGAGAAGGAGAAACUCUGAAAUGUGAUAAAGCGGUAUUUUCAAAGAGGAAUUAUUUUGGCUUCGACACCGCUCUACCCUUGGGUUAUCUUGGCAAUGUAGAGGAGGAAAGAAGUUCCACCAGUUUGUCACAUAUGUCUUCUGCACAUAGACAGUCGUAUACCUUAGAGUGUCAAGCAGGUUAUAAUAUGCAAGCCCAUGGUGAUGUCAACCAGGUUAAUCAGAUCUCAAGUAUCUCGGUGGAUAGCAGAAAUAAUGAUGCUAAUAGUUCAUAUAAGGGUGAUCAAAGCAUCUACUAUGGCCAUGCCUGUGCUACUCAGAAUAGUCUUACUAUGAGAAAUAAUGAGCAGGAAACGUUUCCUGCAGUUAUAAUAGGUCAGGACAGGUGUUCUAUGGAUGAAUACCCAAGGUCAAAUGAUGGUUCUGUGGAGAAUUUUCUGCCUUUUCCAUUCAAUGGUCAAGUGCGAAGCUUUGGGAAUGACCUAAACAGGGCUUUUCCUCAGAGUGAAUUUUUCGGAAAUUCGAGGAAGAAAGGAAUGGAGUCCUGUUUUAAUGGUGAUGCACAAACCAAUAGAAGUACUGCUACAAGGGAGUUCAUGUGGAGAACUGAUGAAGAGAGCAACUUGCUUGGUGGUUUUGCUGAUACUCCAUCCCAACCUGUGCUGUCAUCAAAUGCUCUUCCUCCAUAUGAUUUGGUUCAGAGAAAGGGUGGAAGUGAUCUCUUUGGCUUCAAAUUUGGUGGCAGCGUUUCUGGUUCACCAGGACUGAGAUUGGGCAACAUGGAUAACCCAGGAUUUGGUUUCCGAGAUUCUCAAAUGACCUCUCAUUCAGAGGAUCCCAAGAUUUUAUCCUAUGCGAAAACGGUGAACCAGGAGUUGGAUUCAUCACCCAUUUGGGCUGGGAAAGAGGCUCUGCCUCUGUUGCCAAAAAUGGGAACCCGGCACGACCUUCCUGUUGUGUGCAUUUCUUGUAGAAAGAUGUUUCAUUACAGUGCUCCUGAUUCUAGAUCGGGAUUUGGCACGGAUGGUUUUAUAUGCGCAGUCUGUAAUGCCAAGUUCCCCGGGAGACUAAGUUUACAGUAGGGCAGUUAAAGCCAACGAAGAUCCUCCACAUUGCAGUUUUGCACUGCCCUAUGGGUGCUGCUAACUAGGAGAUGAGCUUUUGAUGUAGCACUCGGCUGGAGUCGACAGGUGGCUUUGCUGGAUUUUGAUCUUCUGGCUCUGGUACGACUGUUUAGUCUGUUACCAAGUGUUUCAUCUCUUGAUGCAUAACUUACUCUUUUGCAUUCAUUUUGUCUUGUGAAGGUCCUGAUGUGUGCGUGUGCUUUUAUUUCCUUCACAAGAAAGAUCUUAGAAGUUAACUGGGUAUAUUCCUGUACCGUGCUUUCGCUGGCCUUGAUAAGUUCAAUCAUAUUACCUUUUUUUUUUUUUUGCUCAUUCGAGGGGUUGGAAGUGAAUAUAUAGGGAUGGGGUGGGAACAGGCCGAGGCACGGUUAUUCAUAGGUAAUAAGUGAAAAUUCGAGAUCAUGUUCAUACCUGAUUGGGUUUGGAUUUUCAUGAUUAUUCAUAGGUAAUAAUUUAUCCUCAACCAACAUGUUAACAUUCACAUUAGGAAUGAUAAUGAAUAGGUUAGAGCUGGUAUCUUAUCUAGAUACUCAAUAACGGCCCUGAAGUAGGUUGAGUCUAUAUUGGUAUGUAACUAAAAGUAAAACAUUAGAAAUAUUAA